AGGAGGCAGGGGGAAGGGAGUGCUGGGCGCCCCGGGCGAGGUCCGCACUCCGGCCCGGCUGGCGCAGGACCUCACUCCGCGGAGUGCGCGCGGGAGCGGAUCGCGGGCGGCGGCGGCGAGGAUUCGGAGUGUAGAGGAGGCCGCGCCAGCGAGCGGGCCGAGCGGCGUCCGGGCACCCGGUGGGCUGAGUGGAGCCCCCGCCGCGGGCGCGCGCGUCGGCCGCCCCUUCCCCGAUCCCAGCCGCGAGCCCGCGCGGGGCCGCCUCCUUAUGACUUACUGAGCCGGACGGUCCCCGCCGCGUCUGCGCCCCGCGCCUCGUGCGUCCCGUGCGCCCCCGCGCGCCCCGGCCCGCGCCCCGCCGGCAUGGACGUCCACACCCGCUGGAAAGCGCGCGGUUCCCCGCGCCCGGGUGCCCGGCCGCCGUCCCUGCCGCUGCUCCUGCUCCUCGUGCUGCUGUGGGCGCCGCUGCCGAGCUGCGCAGCUCAGCCAGCAGAUCUCCUAAAGGUCCUGGACUUCCACACCCUGCCGGAUGGAAUCACCAAGACCACUGGGUUUUGUGCCACGCGACGAUCCUCCAAGGGCCCCGAUGUUGCCUACCGAGUCACCAAAGAUGCACAGCUCAGCGCACCCACCAAGCAGCUGUACCCUGCAUCUGCAUUCCCCGAGGACUUCUCCAUCCUGACCACUGUGAAAGCCAAGAAAGGUAGCCAGGCCUUCCUGGUCUCUAUCUACAAUGAGCAGGGCAUCCAGCAGAUUGGCCUGGAGAUGGGCCGCUCGCCGGUCUUCCUCUACGAGGACCACACGGGGAAACCGGGGCCUGAGCAGUACCCGCUCUUCCGGGGCAUCAACCUGUCGGAUGGCAAGUGGCACAGAAUCGCUCUCAGUGUCCACAAGAAAAACGUCACCCUGAUCCUUGACUGUAAAAAGAAGACCACGAAGUUCCUGGACCGCAGUGACCACCCCAUCAUAGAUGUCAACGGUAUCAUCGUGUUCGGCACCCGGAUCCUGGAUGAGGAGGUGUUCGAGGGUGACAUCCAGCAGUUGCUUUUCGUCUCAGACCACCGGGCAGCUUACGAUUACUGUGAGCACUACAGUCCCGACUGUGACACUGCGGUCCCCGACACGCCCCAGUCUCAGGACCCCAACCCAGAUGAAUACUACCCAGACGGAGAGGGUGAUGGUGACACCUAUUACUACGAGUACCCUUACUACGAGGACCCUGAUGACCUGGGGAAGGAGUCUGCCCCAACCAGCAAGCCCGUGGAGGCCUCGAGAGAAACCACGGAGAUUCCUGAGGACCCAAUCCUGCCUUCCACGGCCGCCCCAACGGCCCCCAAUUUGGCACCUGAGACUAGUGAUCGGGAAGGCGGGGUGGAGGACCCCGGCAUUGGAGACUACGAGUACGUGCCCAUUGAUGACUACUACACGGCCGCCCCAUACGAGGAUAUCAACUAUGGCGAGGGCUUAGAGAACCCUGAGCAGCCCACUGACCCCAACGCUGGGGCCGAAGUCCCCACCAGCACCACGGGUGCCUCCAACGUCUCCAACCCAGCUCCGUCCCCUGAGCAAGGGAAGGAUGACCUGGAGGGUGAGUUCACAGAGGAAACCAUCAAGAACGUAGAAGACAACUACUAUGACCCUUACUUCGAUCCUGACUCUGACCCCAACAACUCCCCGUCAGAGAUUGGGCCCGGCAUGCCUGCGAACCAGGACACCAUCUAUGAAGGGAUUGGAGGACCCCGGGGUGAGAAGGGUCAGAAGGGGGAGCCAGCCAUCAUCGAGCCGGGCAUGCUCAUCGAGGGGCCACCUGGCCCGGAAGGACCCGCUGGUCUUCCAGGACCUCCAGGAACUACAGGUCCCACUGGCCAAGUGGGCGACCCCGGAGAGAGGGGUCCCCCUGGACGCCCCGGCCUUCCUGGGGCAGAUGGCCUGCCUGGCCCCCCUGGAACCAUGCUCAUGCUGCCGUUCCGCUUUGGAGGUGGUGGAGAUGCAGGCUCCAAAGGCCCCAUGGUCUCUGCCCAGGAGUCCCAGGCCCAGGCCAUCCUCCAGCAGGCCAGGCUGGCGUUGAGAGGACCAGCUGGCCCGAUGGGGCUGACAGGGAGACCCGGCCCCAUGGGCCCUCCUGGCAGUGGAGGUCUGAAGGGCGAGCCGGGCGACAUGGGACCUCAGGGUCCCCGAGGUGUGCAGGGCCCGCCCGGCCCAUCAGGGAAGCCUGGAAGACGGGGCCGGGCUGGGAGUGACGGCGCAAGAGGCAUGCCAGGACAGACAGGCCCCAAGGGCGACCGUGGCUUUGACGGCCUGGCUGGGCUGCCUGGCGAGAAGGGCCACAGGGGUGACCCUGGUCCUUCUGGCCCACCAGGACCCCCGGGAGAGGAUGGAGAAAGGGGUGACGACGGAGAAGUCGGGCCCAGAGGGCUGCCGGGGGAGCCGGGGCCACGUGGUCUGCUUGGGCCGAAGGGGCCCCCAGGCCCUCCAGGACCCCCCGGUGUGACAGGAAUGGACGGUCAGCCAGGCCCUAAAGGAAACGUGGGCCCCCAGGGAGAACCCGGCCCUCCGGGACAGCAGGGUAACCCUGGUGCCCAGGGUCUCCCAGGCCCCCAGGGUGCCAUCGGUCCUCCGGGAGAGAAGGGUCCUCUGGGUAAGCCAGGCCUCCCCGGAAUGCCCGGUGCUGACGGACCCCCGGGGCACCCUGGCAAGGAAGGUCCUCCAGGAGAGAAAGGAGGCCAGGGUCCACCCGGCCCCCAGGGUCCCAUAGGCUAUCCAGGCCCUCGAGGAGUCAAGGGGGCGGACGGCAUCCGCGGGCUGAAGGGCACCAAGGGCGAGAAGGGUGAAGAUGGCUUCCCUGGAUUUAAAGGCGACAUGGGCAUCAAGGGCGAUCGGGGGGAGAUUGGCCCACCUGGUCCCAGGGGCGAAGAUGGCCCUGAAGGCCCGAAGGGCCGUGGCGGUCCCAAUGGAGAUCCGGGUCCCCUGGGGCCCCCCGGAGAGAAGGGCAAACUUGGAGUCCCAGGCUUACCCGGGUACCCCGGAAGACAAGGGCCAAAGGGUUCCAUUGGAUUCCCAGGAUUCCCUGGUGCCAACGGAGAGAAGGGUGGCCGGGGGACACCUGGCAAACCCGGACCACGGGGACAGCGAGGCCCAACGGGUCCGAGGGGUGAAAGAGGUCCACGGGGAAUCACGGGGAAGCCUGGGCCCAAGGGCAACUCUGGAGGCGAUGGCCCAGCCGGCCCUCCCGGUGAGCGGGGACCCAACGGACCCCAAGGACCCACCGGCUUCCCUGGACCAAAGGGUCCUCCGGGCCCCCCAGGCAAGGACGGGCUCCCUGGACACCCUGGACAGAGAGGCGAGACUGGCUUCCAAGGCAAGACCGGCCCUCCAGGACCCCCAGGUGUGGUUGGUCCUCAGGGUCCUACGGGAGAAACAGGCCCAAUGGGCGAGCGGGGCCACCCUGGACCCCCAGGCCCUCCUGGUGAACAGGGACUCCCAGGCCUUGCCGGCAAAGAAGGGACGAAGGGUGACCCAGGCCUGCCUGGCCUUCCUGGGAAGGAUGGUCCCCCAGGCUUACGUGGCUUUCCUGGGGACCGAGGGCUCCCUGGCCCAGUGGGAGCCCUUGGACUAAAAGGCAACGAAGGUCCCCCUGGACCCCCGGGCCCCGCGGGAUCUCCAGGAGAGAGAGGUCCUGCUGGUGCUGCUGGGCCCAUUGGCAUUCCAGGGCGACCCGGGCCUCAGGGACCACCAGGGCCAGCUGGAGAGAAAGGUGCUCCAGGUGAGAAAGGCCCACAAGGCCCAGCUGGCCGAGAUGGGCUUCAGGGUCCUGUGGGGCUUCCAGGUCCAGCUGGCCCUGUGGGUCCCCCUGGAGAAGACGGAGAUAAGGGAGAGAUCGGGGAGCCGGGGCAGAAAGGAAGCAAGGGAGACAAAGGCGAGCAGGGUCCCCCUGGCCCCACGGGUCCUCAAGGCCCUAUUGGACAGCCAGGCCCCUCCGGUGCAGAUGGGGAGCCCGGCCCCCGUGGGCAGCAAGGCCUCUUCGGGCAGAAAGGAGACGAAGGUUCAAGAGGUUUCCCUGGGCCACCGGGGCCAGUGGGGCUCCAGGGCCUGCCAGGACCUGCGGGUGAAAAGGGCGAGACAGGAGAUGUGGGCCAGAUGGGCCCACCCGGUCCCCCUGGCCCCCGAGGACCUUCUGGACCUCCAGGUGCUGAUGGGCCUCAAGGUCCUCCGGGUGGAAUUGGAAACCCUGGAGCCGUGGGCGAGAAGGGGGAGCCUGGUGAAGCUGGUGAGCCUGGCCUUCCAGGAGAAGGGGGCCCUCCGGGACCCAAAGGAGAAAGAGGAGAGAAGGGCGAGGCUGGUCCCUCAGGUGCUGCUGGACCCCCUGGACCCAAAGGCCCCCCCGGAGAUGAUGGCCCCAAGGGCAGCCCUGGCCCAGUGGGUUUUCCUGGUGAUCCUGGCCCCCCUGGAGAGCCCGGACCUGCAGGUCAAGAUGGUCCCCCUGGUGACAAAGGAGAUGAUGGUGAACCUGGACAGACGGGAUCCCCAGGCCCCACUGGUGAGCCUGGGCCAUCCGGGCCCCCGGGAAAAAGGGGUCCCCCAGGCCCCGCAGGACCUGAAGGCAGACAGGGAGAGAAAGGCGCCAAGGGAGAAGCCGGUUUGGAAGGCCCUCCUGGGAAGACUGGCCCCAUCGGCCCACAGGGGGCCCCCGGGAAACCUGGGCCAGAUGGCCUGCGUGGGAUCCCCGGCCCUGUGGGCGAGCAGGGUCUCCCCGGAUCCCCAGGCCCAGAUGGGCCACCCGGCCCCAUGGGACCCCCAGGACUCCCUGGCCUCAAAGGAGAUUCUGGACCCAAAGGUGAAAAGGGUCACCCAGGCCUGAUCGGACUCAUCGGCCCACCCGGGGAGCAGGGCGAAAAGGGCGACCGAGGUCUCCCCGGCCCACAAGGUUCAUCUGGCCCAAAAGGAGAGCAGGGUAUCACUGGUCCUUCUGGCCCGAUCGGGCCCCCAGGGCCCCCUGGCUUGCCGGGUCCACCAGGUCCUAAAGGUGCUAAAGGCUCCUCGGGUCCCACCGGCCCGAAGGGUGAGGCAGGCCAGCCAGGACCCCCCGGUCUACCCGGCCCUCCUGGCGAGGUCAUCCAGCCCCUGCCUAUCCAGGCCUCGCGCACACGGAGAAACAUCGACGCCAGCCAGCUGCUGGAUGAUGCGGCAGGUGAGAGCUACAUGGACUAUGCAGACGGUAUGGAGGAGAUCUUUGGCUCACUCAACUCACUGAAGCUGGAGAUUGAGCAGAUGAAGCGGCCACUGGGCACGCAGCAGAACCCUGCGCGUACCUGCAAGGACCUGCAGCUCUGCCACCCCGACUUCCCCGAUGGUGAAUACUGGGUGGACCCCAACCAGGGCUGCUCCCGGGACUCCUUCAAAGUUUUCUGCAACUUCACGGCCGGAGGGGCAACCUGUGUCUUCCCCGACAAGAAGUCUGAGGGGGCCAGGAUCACUUCUUGGCCCAAAGAAAACCCGGGUUCCUGGUUCAGUGAAUUCAAGCGUGGUAAACUGCUGUCCUACAUGGAUGCGGAAGGCAACCCCGUGGGCGUGGUGCAGAUGACCUUUCUGAGGCUGCUCAGCGCCUCCGCCCACCAGAACAUCACCUACCACUGCUACCAGUCGGUAGCCUGGCAGGACGCCGCCACAGGCAGCUACGACAAGGCCAUGCGCUUCCUGGGCUCCAACGAUGAGGAGAUGUCCUACGACAACAACCCCUACAUCCGCGCCCUGGUGGACGGCUGCGCGACCAAGAAAGGCUACCAGAAGACGGUGCUGGAGAUAGACACCCCCAAAGUGGAGCAGGUCCCCAUCGUGGACAUCAUGUUCAAUGACUUCGGCGACGCAUCACAGAAAUUUGGAUUUGAAGUGGGGCAGGCUUGCUUCAUGGGCUAGGAGCCACCCGCAGCACUCUGGUUCCCCGAGCAACCUCGUGACCUCAGCAUGCCCUUUGUGAGUGUCCGUACAAGUGUCCUCACCCCAGACAGCGAAGGUUUCUCAUACCCCUCCCGCUCCACUUCAUCUGCGCCCCACCCAGCACCGUGCGGUGCCAGACCAGAGCACCCCAAAAGCAGCCGGGGAGAGAGCCGCGACCCCACCGGAGCCGAAUCACAUGACCUAGCUGCUCACAGCCUCGGCCACGAACACGUUCCGUCUAUACCACGCGCCCGCCCAGGGAGGGAGGCGGCACCGCCCUGGCCCCUCACUGGCCUGUUCCACGGAUGGACCGCAUCGCGGACAGUUGGCAGGGGGUGGGGCUGGGGCGGCAGGAUUUGGAUAUCAUUUUUUUUUAAAUUCAACUUGAAGAUGCAUAUUUCCUUUCCCCUGACCUUCAAAAAAUGUGCCAAGGCCAGCCUCGUAAAGGUCGCCAACGCCUCUGUUUUUAAAAACCCUCAACACGAUCCAUGUAGAGGCCAAAUGUCAUUCCACAUGUGCCUUUCCGAUGGAUUAAAGGUGCUUAUGUUUUUGUGAGUUUUAAGUAAAUAUUUGUAUUGUAUUGUUAUAAAUGUUAAGUGUGCCUGACUCUCAAUCGUGCGUGGAGACUCGGUAUCAGGCCCGCCGGGAGACUGGGAAGGUGGGCUGCAGCGUCCUUCCUGGGUCCCAUCUGGUUCUCUAGAAGUAGGAAGUCGCCCCGCCCUAGAGAAUACGCAGUGAAUUGCAAAUUUGCCCAGGUCAGCGAGAAGCCUCCAAGCUGCCCAAGAAAAAGAAGGUGCCAGACCCUUUUCCAGGCCAGUUUUUCCUCUUAUUAUUAUUAGAUCUGGACUUUUUUUUCCUUAUGGGGAAGGAAAACAAUCUAACAUCCUGCUUUUUCUUUCAUGCACUGAGAUUAAGGUGCAGGCUUCUGUUCAUUCCGAUUGCUUCCUUUUUCCAUUUUCCUUCCUGCAGAGCCCGGGCAACGAACCGUGUUUUGUGUAGAUGAUAAUUAAGUGAAACUUGGUGCUGAUUUUUUACACUUCUCUUUUGUGGUGCUAUGUCUGAAGAUCUUGUAGAAGGCAGCGCUGGGGGCCCCUGGCCGUGCCUCCUCCUUCCGGCUUCCUUCGCCUGGGCAUUGGCUCCUCGAGCUGAGUCUUUGCCAGGGACUGCAUAGAGAUGUCACCUCUCCACCCAGUGGGUGCCAGUGCUGCUGGGUGCUCUUUCUUGAAGGUGGGGCGUCUGCUCUGGAGACCGUUAUCAGCCCUGGGUUGUGUGGACUUGACCUAAAAACACACAAGUGCAAAAUAAAGACUUCCUGUUGUGUUUGUGAUACUGACUUCUGUGUGUUCUAGAAGCUAAUGAAGUUGUUUGGUGGCCCUGCAUGGUCUUGGCCAGGGACUGCCUUGCACACAGAUGGAGAAAUAUUCAGCGAACCCUGGGCAGCUCUGGGGCCAGGACAGUGCUUCUUUUCCACAGAGGCAAUUGAGUUUCUACCCGAAGAUGCUCGGGGCGCUGGCAUCGGCCACUCAAGCUCAGGCUGGUACGGUUCCCACUGGGCCUUGCCCUCAUCCUCGCUAUUCUGGGUGAGGGACCACCAUGUGGACAGCGGACCCCAGCAGUCCCUGUACUGUGAAAUGUGCCCUCCUGCCAUGCCCCUGCCUCCACCAUGGGGACACAAUGCUGGGGAGUGGGCUGACCCCCCACAGAACGCUGCAGCUCAGGAAACCACAGCACAGCACCCCGGGACUCACACCGCCUGAAGGCCGACUCACCACAUCUCCCCCAAAAUAAGUCGCUCUCUUGCCAAAGUAAAGCCUGGCCUGGAAACUCUCGCAGCCAGGACACCAGCAUGCGCCAGGCUCCUCUCCACAUGAGAAAAGCCAUAUGGGAGAACUGUCGUGCGAUGCCUGUGGAUUCUGUCUAGGUCAUGUGAUUCUGUUUCACCUCACCACAUCAGAUUUGUUCUUUUCUUCAUCAUUUUCUGUGGGUCCCCUCAAAGUGGUUGUAAUUCAUGAUGAUGUCCAAAAUGUGUCCUGUUCCCCGCCCCCCCCCCGCCAGACCAUUUUAGCUACGGUAUAUUGCAAUAAAACCACCUCUUAUAUUUGCAGACUGUCUUGUGGUGUAAUUUUAUUUUUUUCUCCAUAUAUAAUUGGGAAAAUGUGGGUGAAAAGAAAAAAAUGGGAAACAGAAAACAUGAUAAAGAUUCUAGACCACUGGGCCCAUUGAAAUUCAGUGCCAAAGGACAUAUGGUCUGUGUCCUGAACAGCUGUGGAUGUGUCACACAUUUGAAGUGUCACACCACGAAAGGGGUGUUUAAUAUUUUACAUCUGUGUAACAGAGGCUCAUUGUAAUCGUUUUUCAAUAAAUUGAGUUCACUGUUUCCACCGUCAA